ACAUGCCAGGAGGAAUCGUCCCAGCGCCACCGUGGGAGAGAACAGGAUGGAGGCGAUACGAAGACAUGAACAGUUUUGGGAAGAAUUAGAGAAACAAAACAAGAUCACGAAGAUCAUCAGGAAGUACGACUUGUCCAAGGAUGGCAAGCUGAACAAAGAAGAGCUCGGGAAUAUGCUGCAGGACCUCGCCGGUGGCGAAAAACCCACUGAAGAAGAGGUUGUGUACGUGUUGAAGACUGCGGACUUGAUUGACAAGAAGAUUGACGAUCACAUUGGUCCGGAGGAGCUGGAGACAGCGAUAGACAUCUGGCACCGUUACCUCAACUCCAAACCGGAGAUCGCGCGCAUCUUUGACAAGUACGACAAGAAUCAAAGCGGGCAGCUCGAGUUCGAUGAGCUCAAGGCUCUGCUGCAAGAGCUUAACGACGGGAAAGAACCAGAAGACAACGAGGUGCAGGAGGUUCUCAAACAUGCAGAUGGCAUCACCCAGGCAAAGUCUGGUGGCAUCACAAGGACCGAGCUGAAGCACGCGAUCGCUCUUUGGUACAGUCAUGUCGAAGGCUCCAAGAAAUGCUGCGUGAUAUCCUAAAAUUUCAGCCUGACAGUGAGUAGUAGGCCGCUUUCUCUCGCUGAGUUUUGCCAAACUUGAAAACUGAUUUUCCGAAAAGUUCAAACUCAAUUAAAUGAUGUCAAUCCUC